ACCUCACCUAACUAUACAUCACCCCAACUCCCCCUCUCAGCCAUCUACAUACUCCCUUUAACCUCUCUCGACUGCUUCUGACAGCCGGAGAGAAUCCUCAUCACCCUCACCAACAACUCAAACCCCCGACAUCACCGCCGCCAUGCCCGGCUUCGAUUUCUCCAACCACAACCGCAAUGCUGCUCUGCACGCCCAGGGCGUCCCCCUCCCCAAAGCCACGAGCACCGGUACUACAAUCGUCGGCUGUAUAUACGAUGGGGGAGUUGUGAUUGCCGCCGACACACGAGCAACCAGCGGGCCCAUCGUAGCAGACAAGAACUGCGAAAAACUUCACUACAUCGCCCCCCAAAUCUGGUGCGCCGGCGCUGGCACCGCUGCCGACACCGAAUUCACGACCGCCAUCAUCUCCUCCAACCUCGAGCUGCACGCGCUCUCCACGGGCCGCAAGCCCCGCGUCGUAACCUGCAUGACGAUGCUGAAGCAGCACCUCUUCCGCUACCAAGGCCACAUCGGCGCCUACCUCGUCGUGGCGGGCGUCGACCCCACGGGCGCGCACCUCUUCACCGUGCACGCGCACGGGUCCACCGACAAACUCCCCUACGUGACCAUGGGCUCGGGCUCGCUCGCCGCCAUGUCCGUCUUCGAGACGCAGUGGAAGAGCGCGCUGAGCAAGGACGACGCGGUGAAGCUGUGCGCGGACGCGAUCCAGGCGGGUAUCUUCAACGACCUGGGCAGCGGGAGCAAUGUGGACGUGUGCGUGAUCACGGCGGAGAAGACGACGCUGAUGCGGAAUUACAUCACGCCGAAUGUGCGGGAGAGCAAGGCGCGGAAUUAUCGGUUCAAGCGGGGCACGACAGCCGUGUUGAAUGAGAAGGUGAUUACGCGGGAGGAGAUUAGUAAGUAUGUUACGGUGCACGAGUUGGAUGAGCAGAGCGUGGCGGGGGUUGGGGAGGUCAUGGAUGUGGACUCGUAGGUGGGUCAGGUCGAGGUAGGGGAUGAGAGGAGUGGACGGUGAUGAAAGCAGUGUACACUGGGCGUUUGGGCGACGAUCAUGCUUUCAGUCUAUCCAGCGGUAGAAGAGCAGGUCAACAGUUCGUAAUAUUGCAAUCAUGAAUGCUCGAAGCAUGUAGUCCAAUGCUAUUCUUUACGAGCUACAUACGUGCUACAAAGAUAGAGGAAAUGAAACGAUUUCUUUUCCACUGCCCCUUAC